GCAAGAAUGGUGCGCAUGCGCGCUGCAAAUCUUGCGCGGAAGGUACUUUUGUAAACUAAACACUGUAAUUCAGCGGACUAAUGUAAGAUUUAAGAAGCAUCGUCCUGCACUGGUUAAACCUAGCAUCAGCACUAUUUUCUGCUGGCAUCGACUUUCAGCAAGAUAACAGAACCGUUUUCGGGAGCGGAGGUGUGAAGACAUGACUUUACAACGGUCUACAGUGGAGUGAGCGUUCUUUAAAUAAGAACGUGUUGGAGGUGGUUUAUUUUUACGGAGGUUUUGUUUUUCGGUGUCCGAGAGAAUGGAGGAAGGAAGAGAAUAUGUAAGUGCUCCCAAAGAGCUCGCAAACUCUUCCCCCUCUCUCGCUGUGGAGAAAGCGGAGUCGUGUGCGGUUUGCAGAACAAAGCUGAGUUUCAGCUCAGAGCCCAAACUUCUGCCGUGCCUCCACAUGAUGUGUAAAGCGUGCUCUGUAAACACAAGCGUGGACAACUACGCCAGAGAAUGUCCAGUGUGUGGCCAGUCUUUCUACCCGUCUGAAGUUACAGAUUGCUUCAUUUUUGAGGACUCUGCCCCUAAGUGUGGAGGAUGUGAAGAAUCUGCCCUUACUGGAUGGUGUCAGGAGUGUGAGGAAGCUCUGUGUUCAGAUUGUGUAUCAGCUCAUCAGCGUGUGAAGGUGACGCGCAACCAUACAGUGAUACCACAGGAACCACAAUCAGGCUUGAGUACAAGCUUGCGCUGUACUUCACACAAACAGGAGCAACUCAAGUUCUUCUGUGUCACCUGUGAUCAGCUCACCUGUAGAGACUGUCAGUUGAUUGACCACAGAAACCACAGUUUUUUGUUUCUGGAAGAAGCAGUGUUUUCUCAUAAAGAACAGCUCAUGAAGCUGCUGGACAACAUCUGUGAGCAGAAAAACGGUGUGCGGUCCAGUAUGCAGGAUCUGGAUGGAAGAUUGAAUGACCUAAAGGAAUUAAAAGCAUCAUCAGAGAAGCAACUGCAAAGAGUGCUACGCUCCCUGUAUAUUUCUUUGGUGUUACGAUGUCAACAACUGUCUAAGGAAUUGGUGGGUUUGUGUGAUGAGGAGGAGAAGAGUCUGAAGGUGAUUAUGAUGAGUCUGAAAAAGCUGGAGGACAGUCAAGAGUACAUCACUGCCUUCCUUCAUAAAAUACUGAGCACUGAGGGGCACUGUGCCCUACGACACAAGAUACAAAUUGAGAAAUGCGCACAGAGGGUUCUGUCACAGAAAAAACAUCUGCCUGAUACCGUGAUUCAACUUUCGCUCGCACUCAAUGAACACAUAUGCAAUAUUAUUAAGAAUUUUGGCACUUUGAAGGUGACCCGAGUUCCUCCUCCUGCCAAAGGAAAAUACAGCAAUGGCAAUAAACCUAAAAAUACACCCAAAGAUACAGACAAACGGUCCUCAGGAUUAAAUUCAGAAUCUGGUGCAACAUCUACUCAGGCUACAGCAUCUUCAAUGUCCCAGGCUGCUUCUGAUCUUCCUCAGUGUGGACAGUUUGAGUCAGGCUCAUCAAAACCAGUGCAACCCACCCAAGGCUUAAUAGACACUAUGAGCCAUUCUAGUUCUUCUGUCUCCCAUACCUUUGCUCCUCCCCAAAACACUAAGAGCAAUAUGAGUCAGUAUGUAGUUACACAGACGGGCCAGCAUUUACCUGCGCCCGUGCCACCUCAAGCCUCACAGUUGCGGCAGGUCUUCAGAAGUCUGCCUCACCAGACUGUUUCAAAGAUUAUUCCCUCAAAUCGUCCUCAACGUAAUAUUGUUCCUAAGGUUUUGUUACCACAGUCUCAUUCUGGUGCUGUCCUCGCUGCUCUUCCUGGCCUUACUUCUUGUCCCCCUGUCUUAGUCCAGACAUCCUCAACCCAGUCUUCACAUUCAAGUAGCAUAACCAACACAGCCAACCAUUCUCUUAGCAGUAACCAGUUUGUUCCCUCUCUUAUCACAUUAGCUCCUUUUGCUCAGUCUAGUCAGGCCAUGUCUAACCCUAAGCCAUCUACUUUAAAUUCUUCAUCUAAACAAACACAGAAAAGCAUUCCUCAUUCUCAGACAGCUUCUGGUCAAGCUUUCCCAUUUCAAACUGCACCCACCAACAAUUUGCUUCAUUACUCUCCAGCCGUCUCUUUUACUCAGACUGUCAAUGUGCAGCCUUCUCCGUCUGCUGGUACUCAAUCCAGUCGUUUACUCACUCUGCUUACCAAAGUACCAAACGACACUGCUUCUCUCAACUCCAGAAAAGAAUGGAAAUUCUACCAUUACAUUCCUGUCUUGACUGUAAAUAAGGGCACCACUCUUACCUGUGCACCACAGCCAGUUCCAGGGCUCACCACUGUUCCAGGCAGUAGUAAUAAAGAUGUGGAACCCCCAGCGCCAAGCACACCUCCACUCCCUGCUGCUCCAAUUCCCAGUGCACACAGUAAUGCAGGUCUAAUAGAGUGUGGCACUCAGACGAUCCAAAUGCCAAAAUGUGAGCUCCCAGUGAAGGCUCUGGCUGAUUCUGUUUGUGAGGGAGAUAUGAGUGUUUACAUCAGGUCUUCUCCCAUUGCUGAGGAGUCAGACAGUAAUCUACCUACUUCCACUGUGCCAGAAAAAGACACAAGAGCCAGAGAAGACUCAGCAGUGCAUCCCCUUUCCACUUCCUCGAUCAAGGACUGCCCUACUAACCAGACCCUGGCAGAGCAAUCUAAAUUGCCACUCAAGAGUAUAUCGACUCUAGCCUCCACAGAAAGCCCCUCAACUAAGCACUGGCUUAUAGGCCUGCCAUCAACCUUCAGAGAGAUUCUUUCUGGUGAAAAAAAAGUGCUUCCUGAGGAUGUUUGCUCCAGAUCAGCCUUAGAACAUGCAUCUGUCCAUAAUUCAAAGGACGAGGAGAAUACUGAUUAUAGUGAUUCUGAAUCGGUGAAAGGGAUGGAUGACUUGAAGGAGGAACCCGUAUUAAGACAGGACAGCAAUAACAGGACUCUGCUUGUAUCACUGGACCGGUUGCCGAUCUCAGGAUCUUCUCUGUCUCGAUUUCAAAUAGCUCCCGGUAGCCAAAAGGAUGAAAUUUUGCUUCAGGAGAUUGAAGAAAACCAGUCAAUCCAGAGAUGUUUCAGGAUAGCUGCACCCCCAGCUGCUGCUUCACCUUCACAGUCUGGCAGUUCUGAGUGUUCUCUGCAGGUUGAUGUACUGGACUGUGCUGUGUGUCUCUCUGCCGGAGCCUCACUGCAGUGUGCAGAAUGUAGUAGAACCUUCCACACCAGCUGCCACGUGCCACCAAUUAUUUUCAAUCCCACUGCAAUGUGGGUAUGCUCCAUGUGCCAGGAUCUGUUGGAUGAUACUGACCCAUUCAGGUGCAACAGACUUGAGGAGCCGUACCUAAGUCUCCCGGACCAGAGACGCUGUGAACAACUUUUGCUCACUCUUAUGUGUGAAGAACAUAGCUACCUGCUCUACAGAUGUAUUAAGCAACCUGCAAGUUGUGUGGAAUUUAGCUUAAUUAUUGGACGACUGUUGGGAAAAUGCAACCCUCCAUACCGCUCAGCAGCUGAAAUGGUUUCAGACCUCUGGGCGCUUUUUCACAAUUUGUCAUUAAAUCCCAAGAAAAAAGACUUGGUUUUCAAGCUUCAAAGCUCAUUCCAGCAGAGACUGAGCAUAUCAUUUGGGAAAAGCCUCCAUGCCUCUCUGCUGAGACCUCUGAGCAGUGAAGACCACAGGGGGGCACCAGAGACUGAGCCAGACCGACAAAAGGCCAAAAAUACUUUAAAGAGGAUGGGAGCAUUUUUAGCUGCAAACUGUACUCUAGUUCCAAAGAAGUCCCGCAGCGAGGAUACAUAAAGGAACUGCAGUAUUUUGGAAGGAAAGAGGAUUAGUUUUUCAGUUUUAUUUAUGAUGUAUGAUAGCUGGAUUGCCACAGGGAAUAAAAGCCUAGGUUCUACAUUUUGUUGACUUGCAGAAGAACCUGUUUCUAUGUGUAUAGAGUUUCAAAUCAAACCAAUAUAUACCAGUUAAAAACUGACAGGUUGAAUGUACGACAUGUAUAUUGGUGUAUUUAUUUUUCUUUUUGUUGUUUAAUUAGGAAAUAA